AUUCAGUCGGUGUAGCUUCUCGUCAUCAGCAGCAGAGCUUCUCCUCCGUUGAGCUUUAUCUACUUGCUGAAUGACAGAAGGAGAUAGCGCAGCAGUCGUCGUCUAAGCCAGUGACACGUCCUUUGAAGGAUGGGAUGGAUGAGGCAGAAAGUAAAUGUAAAGAAAUUAAGAGCAGUUGUCUUGGAACAAAAGAGAGAACAUUCAGCAAAAGCUUUCAAGUAGUGAUUAGGAUUUGUCCCCAAGAACAGAAACAUGAUGAAAGUAAACGAUCUCUUAAGGUGCAGGAGCCAAACCGUCUAAUAAUUGACACAGGAAGGGGACAUCAGCCUCACAUGAUGGAGUUUGAUGCCAUUUGGGAUGAGAAUGCUUCUCAGAGGGAUGUCUAUGAGUCUACUGCCAAGCCACUUGUAGCUUUGGCAUUACAAGGGUAUAAUGGAUGUGUCAUAACAUAUGGAUCCCCAUCAAGUGGAAAAACAUUCACUAUGCAAGGUGGAGGUCUCUCUGGAAAACAAAGAGGAAUUAUUGCUAGAGCUGCUGAAGAUAUUUUUCAAAAAGCUGUAAACUUACAUUAUCGAAUCCGAGCUUCAUUUAUUCACAUUUCAAAUGAGAAAAUUUAUGACCUGUUGGACAUCAAUCAUGCUGAAGUAAACCGCAUCCACGAGACAGAAGAAAGUAUUUUGCUUGAAGGGCUGACAGAAAUAGAAGUUUCAUCACCAGAAUCCUUGCUACAGCUUUACAGAAGAGGAGUUUCAAAGAGUGACUUUGCCAGGAGGAGCCACACAAUAUUUAAUAUUAUUGUUGACCACACCAAAGUGGACACAGCCAAUGCAAAGGAAAGAACAAUGACAAGCAGACUCACCCUGGUUGAAUUAGCGAGCUGUGGCAGAGUAUCUGGUCAUAGAGCUUUUGAUGAAGGAAGGAGGAGUUUCCAGACAAUGCAUGAAAACCCACAGGAGCUGAAAAGUCUCAAGCGAUCAAUUACAAUAUUUGGAAAUGUCAUUUUUGCACUUAGCACACCAGGUUGCCAGCACAUACCUUACAGAGAGUCUAAAUUGACCAGAGUUUUAAGAGACUGCCUUGGAGGAAAUUAUUUGACUUCCCUAAUUGUGACCAUCUCUUCAGACAUCUCCAGUGUACACGAGACCCUAAGUAUGCUUCAGUUUGCGUCCCGAGCCAUGUCUGUGCCAAAUCGCUCUGUCAAGACUGCCUACACGCAAACCUGUGUCCUGCAGGCAAACACGUCUAAACAGAAUGAAAAAGGUAAAGCAAGUCAAGGCCAGCCACUGAUGGGAUUUCAGUUUUUAAGUGAUAAAAAGGUUCUUCAGAUUCAGACUUGCCUUCCUCCAAUUCAUUUCUGCCCAAGUCCUUCUUCAGUGUCAAUUGACAAGCGACCAAAUGAAUCUCUUCAGAAACAAGAGGAAUCCAGAGAUUCAAGGGAAAUGAAAAUUUCACUGCCCCUGUUGGAGAAAACGAAUGACAAAGUGUAUUACAUCUCCAGAGUCCCUCCAUUGUUGGAAAAAAACAAAGCCAUGGAAGGACAAGCAAGGGACUUACAGUCUCCACCCAGCUGCCUUGGAGGACACAUGGAGCCUGGUAGGGAAAAGCAGUUGUCCCCAAGAGUUACAUCAGAGAAGAUCCAUGAUGAAUGCAUGAAUUGCAAAAAAGAGAGAAAAAUCCGGGAAGAAUAUGAUAAGUACUUACUUCAGCUGAAGCGAGAUAAGGAUUCUCUCCAAGAUAAGAUUAUAAAUUUAGAGGCUGAGCUGAGGAGGUGCAAAGAAGAGAAGCAGGUGAUAGCAACCAGCAGAGAGCAGGGACUGGAGAUGGAAGAAAUUCAUCGUCUGAAAGGAAAAGUAGAAAUGUACAAAACAAAAAUGAGCCAUAUGGUGGACAAAAGUGAGCUGAGCAAACUAAUAGAAGAAAAUAAAACAAAGCAGCAAACAAUUGAUGAUUUGCUUCAUGAGACUGAGCUGAAUAAAACCCAGCUCCAGAAAGCAAUGGACAAAGAGAAUAUUCUGCUCCAAAGGUUAAAGGAAGAGCAGCAAAAAACAGCCAGUGAAGCAAAGGACUACAGGUGCCAAUUUGAUAAAAUGAAGGAAGCAGAAAAACAGAGACUGAGACAGUUAGAGAAUGAAAAGGAGGUCGCUUUGUUAGAACUGAAGGCCAGCAAAUUGGAGUUGGAAAGAUUCAAAGAUGAAAUUCGGGUGAUUGUAGGUGGUCUCCAAAGAGAAAAGGAACGCCUUUUCAUGGACAUGGAAGAUGCUAGGAAUUUAAGAGACAUGCUAAAAACGGCAAAUGAUGCCCUUUUGGCAAGGAUAUGUGUGCUGGAACAGCAGCUGUGCUCUCAGAAGUGUUCCAGCUGUCAGUUCCUCCCUGGCCACCCGCUGCCAUUCUCAGGACACCCCAAAGAUGCCGAGAUGUUGCUGAUUUCACAGGACCAAGGACCUGCAGCAUCAAGGAAGAAAUCAGUAGAAAGUCCUUCUACUCUGCAGUCUGAAAGCACGGAGGCACAUUUCGUAAGAGAUUAUGAAAUAAUGAAGAUGAAGGACAUGCUUAAACAAGUAAAAAGGGAACACACCCUGCUCCUGGACAUGAUGGUCAUUAUGUUCACUAGAAAAUGGUUUGUUGAAGAAGCCGUGCCGCAUAUCAAAAGAACGUUAAAGAAGUGUGGCAUGAGGCUGGAAGACACAGACUAAGGGUAUUAUUGGUACGGAGCUUAUUAUGGAUGUCCCGACCUACAAUUGUAGGGAUGGAUGGAUGGAUGGAUGGAUAGAUGGAUGCUCUCAUUCCCACCUCCAAGUGAGGCUAGACCACACUUCAGAGUCCAGUCCUCUGACAUGCCAAGAAAACAGGACACAACCAAAACAAAAAGAAAAACCCAGCAGCGGUGUCGCAAAGGAUUAAAUUGAAAUAUCAUAUAGUGGUACUGUCUAGAUAAAAUAAACCUAGUAGUAAUAGUAACCAAA